AUUUGUUGUACCCGGACACUUCAUUCGCUUGCACGCCCGUCCUUGACUUCCCACAGAGAGGUGAUAGGUAAAACUACCCAGGCGAUAGAUCACGACAAAAACCUACAUAAAGUAGAUUAAACAUUGUCGUUAUGGGGAUUGUUCCAGAGGACGGAAAGGUUCUCCCUCCCCCCGGAAUCGUUAACAGGAACUCGGUGUGGCUGUCCGGUAUUGGCUGGUUUAGCGCGAUGCUCAAUAACGCUUUCAACCACAGGCCGCCUCUGAAGUCAGGUGUUCAUCGGCAGUUCCUUUUUGCAACUAUUGGCUGGUACAUCGGUUAUCAUCUUACAAAAUAUGAAAACUACACGUAUGCCAGGCUGGACCGAGACAUGAAUGAGUAUGUUAAACUCCACCCUGAAAGAUUUGAAACUAAAGGUCAAAAAAAAGACCUUUGCAGAGAUUGUCGAGCCGUUCCAUCCAAUUCGCUGAGUCUCAGUGGGCGCCGGGGGGACAAACAGAAGAAUAAAGAGAGGACAGACAGUUUUCUAUUAGGCAGCCUGUUUGUGAAAUCUGCCAUGUAUUGUAUGAACUAUAGAGAUGUAAAUAAAAACAAACCCUACUAAAAUG